AGUAAAUACUUAUAUUUGACAUCAUUAUUUUUAGACCAUUUGUUAAAAGCCUUAAAUAUUAUAAAUAGAAAAAUAAAAAUAUGUAAACAAAGAAUUUCAUUUUCUUAUUUCAAAUCAGUAAAAAAAUAUUAAAUGGAUUGUUCGAAUUCAAGGGAUGAAUUUAGUGCGAAGACUGCACAAAAAUUUGUACUCGUUAAUGCAUCAGAAUCUCCAAUAUUACGUUCUUCAAGUAACUCAAAUGAAAUAUCAACAAACUCAACAGAUAAUUUAUCAUAUUCUCCACAUGAUCAUGUAGACGAAAUUAUAUUUCAAAAUACAUUAUCAGAUGAUGAUGAACAUGGAUCUGUUGAUUGUAUAUAUGCUUAUCGCGGAGCUGGUGCCGACAGAGACGAAGAACAAAUUGUAAAUAUAAAUGAAAAUGAUGAUGAAACUGAUUUUUUGGAAAUGGAUUUUGAUCCAGAUCCUCCUUCAGAAAUUGAACAAAACCAAAAUAUAUGUAAUAUUUCAAGUUUUGAUGAAAAAGAAUUAUUUGAAAAAGAAAUUUUACUUAUGAAUGAACAGCUGCUUAAAAAUGUUGAAAAAUUUUCCUCAAAAUAUAAUAAUACUGGUUCAAAUAAUGAAAUUGAAAAAAUUGUUCAAAAUUCCAGUACAGAAGAUCUUGAUGAUCAAGAUGAAUUAGAAAUAAAUAAAGAAAAAAUAAAUGAAUCAAAUAUAGAAGCUAAAUUUGAAAGUACAGGAGCUAAACCCAAGAAAAAUGUAGAAAACAAAUUAAUUAAUGGUAAUUUUAGUUGCAAUGUUAAUCAUAAGAAUAAAAAACAAUUACAGGCACAAAGAUCAUACGAAUUGUGUGCCAAUGAAAAAUUAAAAGCAAAAAAUAAAACAAUAAGCAAUAGUAUAAUUUCAAAUGACAAAAAUCAAGCUUAUAAUAAAGAUUAUUAUGAGACAGCAGAUGAUAUUUGCUUAGAUUGUUUAGAAAAAGAAUUUUUAUCAAAAAUUAUUGGAAAAGAUGUUAAACCUAUUACGCUUUGUAAUAAAUGUAAAUUAAAUCAAAACAGGAGCCUUAAAACAUUUUGUGAAUCAUCUAUAAUACAUGUUAACAACAAUAAUAUAAAUUUACAAUCAUUAGAAAGAUUUAAUAAAUAUGAAGCUUUGGAUUUAAUUAGCUUCUCAGUUAAUAAUCGCACUGAUCUACAUUUAUCCGAAUUAGAAGAAAAUUCUAAAAUUUUAACUUGUGAUAACAUUAAUGUUGAACCGUUUUUGGGAAGCAUUAAAAUUUCUUCAAUUAAUUAUGAUGCAACAACUUUAAUUCAAGCAUUGACCAAACUUAAUAUUGAAUACGACGAGUCUAUAAUUUUCAAACAUCUGGACAAACAAAAAACUGAUUUUCUAAAUAUAUGCGAUUUUAUAAUUUAUUCUUCAAAGAAAAAUUGUAAUUAUCGAAAAUUAAUGAAAACUAUAAAUUUAGCUAGUAAAGACAAAAUAAAAUUGGAAUUUCAAUUUGACGAUGCAAAAGUUAACGAGAUUGUCCAUGUUAAAGCUUAUGAUAUUUUAUAUUAUUGGCAAAUUAAUAAUGAUCUUAGCGGUAUUAAAAAGUUAAGCAGAAGAUUUAAGGAAAUGAAUGUAUUAGGAAAGCUAGUGAACAAAAUUAGACAAGCGCAACAAAGAACAACAAAACAUUUUAAUGAUUAUAUAACAAUUCCUCAGUAUUAUAGAUCCGGUUACAUAACAAUAACAAAAGCAUAAAAUAAUUUGUAUAAAACUCGCUUACAAUAUUAAAUUUUAUUAUUAUUAUUAAUACUAACUAAACUUUUUUUAUUGAUCUGAUUUAUUGUAUAACAACUAUUUACUUUAUAUUAAAAAUAAUAUAAUUGUUUAU